AAUAUAAAAAGGUUGAAAAUUUAAGGCGAAUACGCAAACAGUAACUGUAGAGGAUCAAGAAAUGGUGAACUGGGGAAUUGCAGAACUCCACAGAAACUCAGGCAACUGGGACAACGUAGUUAAAGAUAUAGUGAAGAUGGAGAAAAAGAUUUUCCCAAAACACGAAUCACUUGCUCGAUCGUUUGAUGAAGAACUCAAGAAAAGGAACAGUGGGCUGCUUUACUCCCAGGUUGAAGAUGGUGAUGUUGCUGGCUAUGUCAUGUACUCUUGGCCUUCUUCGAUUUCUGCUUCCAUUACAAAACUUGCAGUGAAGGAAAAUCAUCGAGGACGAGGGCUUGGAGAAGCAUUGCUGGAGGAAGCGAUCCACAAAUGCAGAACAAGAAAGAUCCAAAGGGUAUCCCUUCAUGUUGAUCCUGAAAGAACUGCAGCUAUGAACCUCUACAAGAAACUAGGAUUCAAAGUGGAUACUCUUGUUGAGGGUUAUUAUUCCCCAGAUCGAAAUGCUUACAGAAUGUACCUUGAUUUUCAAACAGAUUAACUUAAUCAAGUGUUCAUGAAAUUCAUAUAUCACCGUUUGUUUUUUAAUUUUAUUUUAUAGUGAAA